UUGGGCCCCGCGGGUGGCCGCAGAGAUCGACUGCUUGGGGGGUGGCUGCGGGCGGCGGCCGAGCUGCCUGUACGGCAGCCGAGCCGCCUCAGCACGGCGGGGCUGCGGCUUCGCUCUGGCCUGCGCGACGUGCCCGACGGGCCGCUGCGCGUGGGGCCGACCAGGGCAAGCUGCGGGCGGCGCUGGGGCGCGUCGCAGUCCUCGAGGCGGAACUCGCGACUCUGCGGGUCGCCCACGAGGCGGCGGCGGCCCAGGCGCUGGCGCUGGCGGCCCAAGGCUCAGCCCAGCUUCCUAGCGAGGCGCUCCACCGCGAGGUCUCCGAGAGGCUGGCGCUGGCGGUCCCCGUCCUCCUGGAGGUGCUGGCAGGCCCGCAGCGUGCGGCGGCCGACACCUCUUCGGCCCCUCGGCCGCCUCCUGGGCCCUUGCGGCUUGCGGGGGCGGGCGAAGGAGAGCAGGGGGGCGGGCAGGCAGCGGCGGCCGCCAGCGCUCGCCGAGUCGACGACGCCCAGAGCAUGCCCCACAGCGGCGUGCCUCAGGGUGCAGGCGACGGUGCUGGCACGGUCGCGGACGAGCCUACCCAGGCUCAGGCAGGCGAACGGUGGGGCAGCGGCAGCCGUGCGGUGGCAGGUCUGCGAAGGCGGGGCGGGUGCACCUCGGAGGGCAAGCUCGGCACGGUCGCGGCCGCGGCGCUGGUGUUCGCGCACGGGCUGCUCUUCCUCUACCUCGCUCUGCUGGCGCGUGCCGCCUGCGAGGCGGCCCCGAGCGAUUGGACGGUCGCUCGGGCCUACCGCGGGCGCAGCGCGCCGCCUGGCGCCAUCUUCGCGCUGGCCGAGCGCGCGAGGCGGGCUCCCGAGGCGAGGCCGCUGCCCUUGGCCUCGGGCCCGCGCUGGUGGAAGUGGAGCGUCGAGGACAGCGGCGUAGUCGGAGUCGGCGGCGCCUCGCACGGCGCCCACUUCGACAGCAGAGAGGCGCAGAAGGCUCCCGUGGCGGCGGCGCCCAUGGGGCUCGACAAGCACAGGCAGGUGGUGUCGGUAGUUCACGUAUCGGACGACGGCUUGCUCGGCCUCGGCGGCGGCGGCGGCGACGGCAGCGCGGCGCGCAGCCCUAGCAGCGGCGGCUUCGGCGAGCACCCUGCCCCUCGGCCUUCUGGAGGUGGUGCUGUUCAUCCUCAUCGCCUCCCUGAUCCUGGUGCGGCGUGCAGCACUGCCUGCACCUCCUUUCCCGCUGCUUUCGCGGACCCCUCGAUCGUCACGGCGUACUUGCUGGCCAGCGAGGCUGCCGUCCUCAGCGGUGGCAGCGAGAUGGCCGCUGGCGACAUCGACGGCGAGCUCAGCAUGCAGGCGGACGGAAACAGUGCUCUGGCCUCGGAUGCCGUGGCGCACGGCGGCUUCGACCUCUCCCCGCACCUCGGCACGGACGACGGCGUGGAGGCGGCUGGGCCCCAGCGCAACGGCGGCAGGAGCCUGGGCGACGACGCCCUCCUCACUUCGCCUCCCUCGGGUUCCUGCUCCUGCUCUGGCGGCGGGGGGAUCGAUGUGGAGGGCGGCGAGGGCGGCGUCGGUGGCGGCUGUACGCUCCACGGCUCGGAGACGGUGGCGCGCCAGGAGCCCGCGCGUGGGCCCAAGCGGCUCUUGGCGCUGCGCCGCCACGUCUUCGAGGGAACCGUGGCCCUCACGGUCGACCGUGACAUUCGGAGGCCGGGCUGGCAGGGCGACGGCGGCGAC